ACUUGUCCAAGCCGAGGUCGCCUUCCCAAACGACUUGAAGGCUCGAAGCAGACUUGGCGUCAGGUCUUUCCAUUUUCACGUUUCAGUUUCAUCAUAAUUCCCAAUCCCAUCCCAAAAUUACUCUUGUUUCGAUCGAUCGUAACCCGCUUCUUCCCCUUUUUUAAUUCGGCAAGUUCUUUUCUGCUUCGGCUGUCAGCUUGGAUUCUCACAAAUUUAACUUUGUCGAAUCGAUUAUUGCCCUGGCAUUCCCGCCGGUGAUUCUCCCCGAAUACGAGUUUCGCGUCAUUCUCCUUCAUAUAGGAACACGGCGUUUUUGCUUUACACGGUCCAUAGAGAAAGAGUGCGAGAGCUAUAUGUGUCUUUAGUUAGAUUUUCUGUAUUUGAGGUGUGGAGUUCCUUCACUAAUGGCCAGAAAUGCAUCAUUGGAAAUGUUAUUCUUCUUGCUGAUCGUGCUCGCUGGUUCUCAUCCUUCACUGGGUUGGGAAUUCAGAAAGCUGGGUGGUGCGGAUCCUAGCUCGACUCACACCACGGAUAGAAUACAUGAUUCUCCGUUGCCAACUUCCGACCCAAGGCACGAGAAAUUAGGAAAUAACAAUAAAACGGAUCCUCCUUCCCCCGGUGCUGCACCUAAAGUGAAUCCAUCGAGUCCGAACAAUUCUAUUUCCCCAGUUCCACCUCCUUUACAAACGGACAAUGCGAAAGCUUCCGGUAAUUCAACUUCUGCAACUCCACCACCUGUUACCGGAAGCAAUGAUCAGAAGAGUGAUGCAGAAGGAAUGAAAAGCGAUGGCCAAACUUUCUCACAGUUAAACACCUCUGCGAAUUGUGAUCGCUCGAGCGCUAAGUGCAGAGAUCAGGGGGAUAUAGUUGCUUGCAUUUCUGAAAUCGAGUCCAAAUACGUGGUAAUAAUUGUUCAAAAUGGAGGAGAUAGCACCGUCAAAGUGAAGCUUCUUAUGGAAAGUAGUAUUGCAGACAUUGAAGUUUCAGAACACCGAAACAAAAAGAUCAAUGUCUCAGUAACUAGCAGUGAAAUUACUAAACUGACUUUAAAUGCUGGAAAAGGGGAAUGUGUGCUUCACUUGGGUACUCCUGUCCCCGAAGAGGGGAUUUUCUUCCGUCUUCCUUCUUAUGAGAAAGUUUUAACACCAAUAAAUGGGGCGUACUUCCUCAUUGUAGCAGUUCUAAUAUUUGGAGGGACGUGGGCUUGCUGCAAGUUUAGGAAGAAGCAGCAUGAUGGGGUACCAUAUCAAGAGCUUGAAAUGGCACUGCCUGAGUCUGUUUCAGCUACUAAUGUGGAAAUAGCCGAAGGUUGGGAUCAGGAUUGGGAUGAUAAUUGGGAUGAAGAUGUUGCUGUGAAGUCACCUGGGAGACCUCAUGCUGGUAGCAUCUCAGCAAAUGGCCUUACAGCGAGAUCGUCUAACAAAGAUGGAUGGGAGAACAAUUGGGAUGAUUAGUAGUUUACGGUCAAAUGAAGCAGGAGGAUUAAAGUUGGCUUAAAAGAUGGAGGUCAAUGCAGAAAGCAAGAAGUGCGAUCCCAACUCUGGAGGGACGUGACAAAUUUUGCUGUGGUGGGGCAUUCAUAAAGAAAAGAAGAAAGAAGUAUAAUAGUUUUCACACAUUUGUGUGUUUUUUUUUUUUUUUUUUAGUUGGAGUAUAACUGAACAUGGAUUAGGGAAUGCCUUGACGAGAAAAUAGGACUCUGUAUAUGAACUGCAGGAGGCAACGUGUAUAUCUUUGGGUUCCAUCAGUUCGUUUUCGUUA